AUGUCUACCACCGAGGCUCAGUCUGGUGCCUCUCAACCUUCUUCUUCGCCUUGUCCGACACCGGAAGACCAUUAUGCCAUGCCGCAAGAGGUUCACUACUCUAUGGUAACUCCAGCACCGGUCAAUCCCUCUUACGCAUUUAUCACCAACUCAUCAGUCAACUACUCACCUACUGAUCCCCUCCGCAACGCCCACAUCGACGAUCCGGCACUCGCACGGCGGAGGCGGAGACGAACGAGUCCUAGGGAGCUGGAGAUCCUGGAGAUUGCGUUUAGGAAGUGCGAGAGACCGGAUAAACAGACGAGGAUGGAGAUUGCUUUACAGUGUGAUAUGGACACGCGGGCUGUUCAGGUGUGGUUCCAGAACAAACGGCAGUCCCUCCGUCGUCGGCAGCAAGCGACCGCUAUCAGCAACGGUACCCUCCCAUCCACCCCGGCUCCCAACCCCGGAAACCGCGGCCGGCCCGCGAACACCCUCCCUACACCCUCAACCCUCAAACGCACCCCCUCUCUCCGCCUGAUGCAGAACAGUACGGGUCGGGCAGAGUUGACCAUGUUCGCGGACUCGGAAGAAACCGAAGACGAACACAACAACCAUCCCCGUUCCGGCUCCUCUCAACCACAAAUGCCCCUAACACCCCUAACCGAACCCAGAAAUGGUGUCAUGAACGUAACACAGAGUACGUUGAAACGGAAACGCGCAGCCCCUGGCGACGAUGAGCAGGGCAGCGUGAAGAGGAUCAGUACUGAUAGGAGGGAAAAAGAAAAUAUUCCCCCGCCACCUCCGUUUAAUCGUGCAGCCAGCGAUGCUAGUACCGGUAGUGGUGCUAGCAAAGAGGUUGAGGACGAGGUUGCGUUGACGCUGGCUGGAAUGGCGGGUGGGUUAUGGUCUUGA